CUGGUCAAGCAAAAUGGGACUGUUGACCGUGGGAGAAUGCCAAGUCCCUGGGACAACUCUGCCUAGAUCAUCCUCCGCAGGGACUUGAUAACAGAUCAGGACCUGUUGAGGAGUCCAUCAGUCCCUACUGCGAGAGCAUGUUUGGGCAAUGGUGGCCUGCCCAGGAGCAGCAGGCAAAGAAAAGGAAAGGAAACAAGAACUACCUUUGUCUCGUAAACAUUCUAUGAGAAUCUUCUUCCAGGCUGCAGCAUCCCUUGAGUGGCAGGAAUACGAAGAGUUGCCAGAAUGUGCACCAAACCAGGGAGAAGAAAGGCCCGUGAGCAGAAACGCCAAGAUAGAAGAAAAGAGCCGGUCCACGCAGCCAGUCCGCCUUGCCCAGAAUGAGACCGAGGGAUACUCUUCGGUGGAGGCUCUGUGGGCCAAAGGCUCCCCAUUCAGACUCUCUGACCACCUGUAUCCUGAUGAAACUUCAGAGGACCUAACCAUCUCCCCUUAUGCCAGCUAUACCUCGCUGUCAGAGCGCUCAGUCACUGUGCUCAACGGCUGGCUGGACAAGCUGUCUCCACAGGGGAACUACGUCUUCCAGCGACGCUUUGUCAGAAUUGACGGGAAAAGUCUCAUGUAUUUCAACAAUGAGAAGGAGCCGUAUCCUAAAGGUUUGGUUCCCCUCUCUGUCAUUGACGUAGUGCGCUCCACAAAGGACAACAAAUUCCAGGUUGUCACGAAACACAGGAUCUUUGUCUUCAGAGCUGAAAGUGAGGCUCAGCGGAAUGAGUGGUGUAGCGCCUUGCAGCAGAGAGUGGCUGAGCAGCGGCUGCUGUGUCCCCGGCCGUGCCUCAGUGGCACCACUCGUCUCCAAAAAUAUGGCCACCUGGAGCUCAAAGGCUACAAAUCCAAGCUAUAUGUGGUGCUUGUCCUGGCUGAGAUGUGGCUGUACAAAAGUGAACAGUUCUUUAAAAUGGGCAUCGCCAUCUGCCUCAUUGAGAUGCAGGGCGCCACUAUCCGAGAAGCCAAAGGCCGCACCUUUGAGCUCAUCACCCCAUUCAAAAUCUUCAGUUUUGGAGCGGAGUCUGAGCGAGAGAAGAGGGAGUGGAUGGAGGCCCUGCAGAACUCCAUUGCUGAGACACUCUAUGACUAUGAGGUGGCUGAGAAGAUCUGGUCUAACAAAGCCAACAGGUUCUGUGCCGAUUGUCGCACCUUGAGCCCUGACUGGGCUUCCGUCAACUUGUGUGUGGUGAUCUGCAAGCAGUGUGCAGGUCAACACCGGAGCCUGGGCUCUAGCAUUUCAAAGGUGCAGAGUCUGAAGCUGGACACAAGCAUUUGGAGCAAUGAAAUGGUUCAGCUAUUCAUCAUGCUGGGGAACGAGCAAGUGAACAGGUUUUGGGCAGCGCACCUCCCGCCUUCAGAGGCCUUGCACCCCGAGGCCAGUGCUGAGCAGAGGCGAGACUUCAUCACUCGCAAGUACCGCUAUGGGCGCUACCGCAUGCCACACCCACAGUACAGCAGUCAGGAAAAUAUUUUGCAGGCUCUGUGUGUGGCUGUGUCUGGGCCUGGACUUCUGAAGAAAAUGUUGCAGUUCUUUGCAACCACCAAGGAAACUGAGGCGGGAGGUUGCGGGUUCGUUCCUAAAGCCAAGGCCUGGGGCAACAAUGGGCAGGACCAGCAAGGCAACUGCCCAGGCAAUGUCAGUGCGGAGGAACUGAGCUCAGAAGGAGUCUACAAUGAGAUUACACAAGCUGUGGCACACCGAGGCUACUUGUACAAGGCCCCAGUUGUGACAAAACUGGCUGCCACCAAGAAGAGCAGAGAGGACUUUCAGAGAGUCUGGUGCUCACUGGAGAAGUUUUUCCUCUUCUAUGAGACUGACAGGAGCUCCGAGUCUGUGGGGAAGAUAGAAAUGGCUGAUGUGAUUUCACUGGGUGUGAACAGAACAGAUGGGCUGGUUAGUCCUAUCUCCUCAGAAAGGUUCCACUUCACACUGGAACUGUAUCUGAGCGGCGAGCGAGUGCAGCAACUGGGGACUGAUGGGCCAGACAGUUUGCAGUCGUGGGCCAGUGCCCUUGGCAAGUGGUUCACCCCUCUCAGCUGCCACUGCCUGCUGGGCUACGAGUUCCAGAAGGUGGGCAGACUCUGCUACAAGUCAAUGUUGAAUCCCAAUCAGUGGCUGCAAGGUUUCUUCAUCCUCCAGAAAUCUCAUCUCUUCAUCUGCCCAGGAGAAGAGGGGGCAGCUGAGGACAGCAUCAACCUGCGGCAGCUUCAGGAGCUCAGUGUUGUUCCCCUUGCUGAUGAUCCAGAGAAGAAAGAGAUGCUGAUCCUGGUGGAGAUGGGGCGGACCUUCUGUCUUCAAGGAGCGUCGCGGGUGGACUUCUCUGCAUGGUGCGCAGCUAUUCAGGCUUCAGCAGGGGGGCAAGGGAACGCUCUGCGUGACCAGCAGCUCAGCAGGAGUGGCAUCCCCAUCAUCGUGAACAGCUGCAUUGCCUUCAUCACCCAGUAUGGGCUACAACAUGAAGGCAUUUAUCGGAAGAAUGGAGCCAAGUCUCGAAUCAAGACUUUGAUGGAGGAGUUCCGGCGGGAUGCUCGAAACGUCAAACUGCGCAUCAGUGACAAUUUCAUUGAGGAUGUGACAGACGUGCUGAAGAGGUUUUUCCGGGAGCUGGAGGACCCUGUUUUCACCACAUACCUGCACCCUCAGUGGAAGGAGGCGGCAGCAAUCUCCCAGAAGUCCCAAAGAUUGGAGCGAUACAAGGAGCUGAUAAGCCGAUUGCCCCGCCUCAAUGGCAGGACCCUGGCUGCUCUCAUUGGCCACCUGUACCGGGUUCAGAAAUGUGCCGACCUCAACCAGAUGACCACCAAAAACCUAGCUCUGCUCUUUGCACCCAGCCUCUUCCAAACGGAUGGAACGGGGGAACAUGAAGUCAAGGUGAUGGAGGAACUGAUUGACAACUAUGUUUCUAUCUUCAAUAUAGAGGAAGACCAGGUGUUGCAGAUGGACCUGGAGAACAGUUUGAUUACUACCUGGAGGGAUGUCCAGCUCUCACAGGCUGGUGAUAUCAUCCUUGAGGUUUACCUAGAGCAGAAGAACCCUGACUGCUGUGUCACACUUAAGGUGUCUCCCGUAAUGAGAGCAGAAGAGCUGUCCAAUCAGGUGCUGGAGAUGCGAAAUGUGGCGCCCAGCCUGGACAUCUGGCUUACCUUUGAAGUCUUAGAGAAUGGGGAACUAGAGCGCCCCCUGCAUCCCAAGGAGAAGGUCCUGGAGCAGGCCCUGCAGUGGUGUAAGCUGCCCAAACCCAGCUCUGCUUAUUUGCUGGUGAAGAAGGUUCCCAUCAGGGAAGGCAGCUGCCUCUUCACAGGUGCUAAACGCGAGGGCCCCAAAUGUGGUCUGCUGAAGUGCCGUGAGGAGUUGCCCAAACUCCUGGGGAACAAGUUUCAGGAGCGCUACUUUGUCAUCAGGGACCGCAAGUUGCUUUUACUGAAAGAGAAACGGAGUGCUAAGCCAGAGCGGGAAUGGAUGCUAGACGUGGCCAAGGUUUACAUGGGGAUUCGAAAAAAGCUGAAGCCCCCUUCACAGUGGGGUUUCACUCUGGUUCUAGAAAAGCAGCAACUGUAUUUAGCAUGCAUGGGGCAAUCCGACCUGUGGGACUGGACCACCAGCAUCCUGAAAGCCCAGCAUGACAGCAUCCGCCCGGUCAUUCUGCGUCGCCGCUCGUCUUCUGACCUAUCCAAGCAGAAGUUUGGCACCAUGCCCCUGAUCCCUCUACGCGGAGACAGCACCAAUCCCACCAUGCUCUCUGCUAACCAGACCUUGCACCGCCUGCACACACGAAGGACAUUGUCCAUGUUUUUUCCAAUGAAAAUGCAUCAGGAUUCACUAGAGGAGCAGCAGGAGACCGCUGAGUCUGAGCCUGUCUAUGAGGAAGUGGGAAACUUUGCCGACCUGGGCUUUCUGGAGCUCCAACAAUCCCUGCUGCCUCCCGUGGACCGAACCAAGAAGCCAGUUCCAUGCUCAGAGCAGGCAGUAUCCAGCUCACUGCCCCCCUGCCCAGCCCCCAGGGCAUCUGGAAUCAACUUGGCAAAAGGAUGCUGCUUUGAGAGGACCCUCAGGCUGGAGGAAGAGAAGGACCUCCUCCCAGACAGGCUCCCAGGACACAGUGUGGCCCCAAGUGCUGCUGUAGAGAGAAUGACCGAGUUGCCUCAAGGGCCGCCUGCCCCAGACUGGGAACAGGGGCAGUCAAUAGAGACACCUGCCUCCCCUCCAGAACCUCCAUUGGGAGAGGAGCCUCAAUCUGGUUCCCCCAGGAAGAAAAGCUUCCAGGCAGACUUGUCCACCAGUGACAAACUCAUGCAGGAGCUGAGUUCUGCCAUCCUCCGGAAGAACGAGUGCCAGGCACCUGCCACAGUGGGGAAGCAGAACUCCCGGGAUGGGGCCCAGGCUCAGCUGGAACCGUCACGGGAUCUGAGAACUGAGAUCCCUUAAACUGGAACUAGGCUCAGUGCAGUCCUGAGCACGACAUGAGUCGCGGGAGGCUGCUGCUCUGCAUCACGUCUCUGCCUGUGAUGGGUAGAACCAAAUACCCUGCCUGGAAGUGUUGCAUUAAGAAAUCCUCUCCUCCUCUCGAACUAUUUUAUCCUUAGAGUUCCCAGUCAUUUCUAGAGAGGAAGCGUGUUGGAAAGCAAGAUGGGUUGAGAUUUACUAAGGCAAGGGUGGUACCCCCCUCAGCUCCAGCUCAUAUCCACAUGCAGAAUGUGGUACUGCGUGCAGGAUUCAGGUUCCUGGGAACCCCAGCUUUCAUUUUUAAAACUUUCUAGUCCUCAUGCUAAGAUUAUACUCUUGCCUGCCUAUGUGCAAUGCCUGAAUGAAAUCAUAGAAGUCAAAUAGGUGGCUGAGUAUGUCCUGUGAUAAUCUGAACAUGUCUCAGACUUCAGCUGUUCAUGGUGCAAAAUUUGGAUGGCGUGGCCAUAUAUUUCUGUUUAGACAGGCCUGCACAGGAAAUAAAUGUUCUUGAAAAGGUAAGGAAAUCCUGAGCAGUUCCAGCAAUAGUCAUACUGCCAGUUGGAAUAAAUGAAUUUUGUGCAACACA